AUGUUUGACAAACUCAAGCCCAACCAGCCUUACUUUGGCUUACGCGGUGGAUGGCUGACCUUUUGGGUCACCGUCGCCUGUGCGACCGACAUGAUGCUGUUUGGUUAUGACCAGGGCGUAUUUGGCGGCGUUGUUGUUACAAAGGACUUCCUCGACACGCUGGCUCUAAAUGACAACGCCACAUUGCUUGGAACUGUCACCGCCAUUUACGAUAUCGGUUGUCUCUUCGGUGCUAUAAUGUCCAUGGCUUGGGGCGAAAGAUGGGGCCGGAAACUAUCUAUUAUUUAUGGAACAACCAUCAUGGCCAUCGGUGCGCUUCUCCAGAUCACAGCAUAUGGCGUCCCCCAAAUGAUAGUGGGACGCAUUAUUGCUGGCUUGGGCAACGGUAUAAAUACCUCAACUGCUCCUGUAUGGCAAGGAGAAACCAGCCAAGCGAAAUGGAGAGGCCGUCUCAUAGUGAUCGAGUUGACCCUCAACAUUGCUGGGUUCUCUCUCUCCAACUGGAUCACCUUUGCCUUCAGCUUUCUCCCUGGACCUGUUGCCUGGCGAUUUCCCUUGGCAUUCCAGUUCAUUUUUAUUUUCAUCCUCUACGCGACCGUCCCGUGGUUGCCGGAGUCGCCCCGUUGGCUUAUCGCACAUGACCGUUCUGAUGAAGCUCAAGUAAUUAUCGCUGAUCUGGAGGAUAUGGACGUCAAUGAGCCAUACAUUAUGACUCAAUACACGGAAAUCGUGGGUGCCGUUCAAUAUGAGCGUCAACAUGCUGUCUCCUGGUGGGACCUUCUACGUGGCAAGACCAAAGAGGGUGGCACAUGCGCUAUGCGUCGGCUCAUUUUGGGGGCUGGUGCCCAAUUCAUGCAACAGGGUGCAGGAAUAAACGUCACUAGUUACUAUCUACCUACUGUCCUGAUGCAGUCUGUCGGGCUCUCAGAGACGUUGUCUCGGCUGCUGGCGGCGUGCAAUUCGGUGUCUUAUCUAAUUGCAGGCACUAUCGGAAUCGCAAAUAUUGAACGCUGGGGCCGUAGACGACUCUUCAUGACUUGCGCCUUGGGCCAGGGCCUUUGCUACCUACUCAUCACUGUCCUCCUACGCUUCAACGAAAAGGAUGGAUAUCCUCAUUCGAAGGAGGUGGCAUCUGCUUCAAUCACGUUCUUUUUUAUCUACUACUUAUUCUUUGGUUGUGGAUUUCAAGGUAUCCCGUGGCUCUUACCUGUAGAGCUAAACUCACUCAGUAUGCGGACUAAGGGUGCUGCAUUGGGAACAGCAACAAAUUGGGCUAUCAACUUUUUGGUUGUUGAAAUCACGCCUAUCGGGAUCGAAAAACUGCACUGGAGGUUCUACAUCAUCUGGACAGUACUCAAUUUGGUCUUUGUGCCGACCAUCUACUUCUUCUACCCCGAGACGGCGCACCGACAACUGGAGGACAUUGAUUUGUUCUUCCGAGACAACCAGUCAUUGUUGAUUCAUAACAACCCAGAAGCGGUAUCCCUUACCCGCCCAGAGCGGUACAUUGCGAUCGAAGACGAGUUGGUGCAUCAGAACAAGUGCGUAUCCGAUACAAAGCAAGACGCAUCUGGACAUGGAGAGCAUAUGGAGGCUGUUGGAAAUGUGUAG